UUCAGCAAUUAUUAACUAUUGAAAUGUUAUUUGUUAGGUUUGUUGUUGAUGUAGACAAGACCACUUGCACAUGUAGAGAGUGGGACCUAACGGGUAUACCAUGCAUUCAUGCCAUGAGUGCACUGCAUUACAUGGGGAGGGAUCCAAUCGAAGUUGUACAUGAAUACUACCAUGUGGCCACAUAUUUGAAGGCAUAUGAAGUUGGCUUAGAGCCAUGCAGAGGUGAAAGCAUGUGGCCAGUGGUUGAAAGCUUCAAGGUGAAACCUCCAGAGGCAAGAAGGAUGCCUGGUAGGCCCAAAAAGAAGAGGUUGAGGUCAGCUACUGAAAGGGAAGGCAGAAAUCCGCAUCAACUGUCUAGAGGAGGGAUGGUCAUGACCUGCAGAAGGUGUGGAAAUGCAGGCCACAACAAAAGAAAUUGCCAAAAUCUUACUCUAGAAAUUCCACCUCCUCCCAAGAACAAAGUUGGAAGGCCUUCUAAAACAAGGGCGGAGGACAUGCCAAGCUCUUCAUCUACCAGGGGAAGAUUCAGCAGAGGCAGUGGCAGAGGGGGUGGAAGAUCAGGGAGAGGCAGUGCAAGGGGUGGAAGAAGUGAUGUAUUUUUCAGAGAGAGAAACACGACAAGGUCUGGGCUUGGUCUUUACAUAAGUGAGGCAACAAGAAAUUAG